CAGUGACUGGAUAAUAAUAAUAAUAGUAAUAUAAUAGCAAUCGUUCAGUUCCCUACUUGUGUAGUGUUUGUUGUUUCGAGUUUUAGAGCAAAUUAAUUUACAUAUUUGUAUUCAACCAUAAUGCCUUGGGCGUUGUAUUGGAUGGAAUGACGUGCCUGAGCGCGCGCAUAAUCAGAAUCACAGAAGCCGCCUAUUGGACGGACGCGCAGCGGCUCUCACCUACACGUAGCUGGUGCGCAGUCGCUCCGUUUGAGCGGAGGAGCAGGAGGAGAGCGCGAUGCAGCGAGGACUGGGCAGAGCUCUGUCACACGCGUGAACAGAGGCCACGCAGUCUCUCUUGCGCUUUAGGGCGCUUAAACGACGCGCUUUCUUUUUUUUUUACGCACAGCGGCAUCUCGUACACAUUUUAGCGACGACGGUGCGUUUCACAGUCUGUUGUUUGCUACACUGCUGUUUUUAAGCCACCAGUCCGCAGACUGCAGUUCUGGCCGUUUCCAAGUGAACGCACAAACUUUUGCGCACUCUGCAUUGGGCACGGAACUAGUGGCUGGUUUUUGUCUAGUGACUUUUGUCUUAAUCGGACAAAAUGGAUGCUUUAUUUAAUUCCACUUAUUCGCCAAAUUGGACCAACAGCUCCAACAUCACUAAUAACCGGACCAUUUACUUGAACCAAUUUGUUCAGCCGGUCUGGAGGAUCGUCCUAUGGGCCAUUGCUUACAGUUGUAUAGUGAUCGUUUCCGUGGUAGGUAAUGUGACAGUGAUCUGGAUUAUUAUGGCGCACAAACGCAUGAGGACCGUCACCAACUAUUUUCUACUGAACCUGGCGUUUGCUGAAGCUUCCAUGUCCGCCUUCAACACGGUAAUCAACUUCACCUACGCUGUUCACAACGAGUGGUACUUCGGACUAGACUACUGCAGGUUCCACAACUUCUUUCCGAUAGCUGCAGUCUUUGCCAGCAUCUAUUCGAUGACUGCCAUCGCUCUAGACAGGUACAUGGCCAUCAUCCAUCCUUUGCAACAACGCAUGUCCUCCACUGAGACCAAAGUGGUGGUGGGUGUGAUCUGGGUGCUGGCUUUGCUUCUGGCCUUCCCACAGUACUACUACUCCAACACAGAUGAGCUCCCCGGCCGAGUGGUGUGCUACAUUGACUGGCCUGAAUACACCAUAUGCGACUUCAAAAAGAUGUAUUACGUGUUUGUGGCCAUCUUGAUUUAUUUCCUCCCUCUGCUGGUGAUGGGAUGUGCUUAUCUAGUAGUGGGACUGACCCUUUGGGCAAGUGAGAUCCCUGGAGACUCAUCAGAUCGCUACAAGGAGCAGCUGACUGCCAAACGAAAGGUGGUGAAGAUGAUGAUUGUGGUGGUGUGUACAUUUGCCCUCUGCUGGCUGCCGUACCAUGUCUACUUCUUGCUGCACCAGUUCUUCCCUGACAUGUUUGAGGAGAGGUUCAUCCAGCAGGUCUACCUGGCCAUAAUGUGGCUGGCCAUGAGCUCCACCAUGUACAAUCCCAUUAUCUACUGCUGCCUUAAUGACAGGUUUCGUGCUGGUUUUAAGCAAGCCUUCCGCUGGUGCCCCUGUGUCCCUGAAGGGUCCUAUGAAGGCCUGGAACUCAAGUCAACCCGCUACCUUCAGACCCAGACCAGUGUAUACAAGGCUAGCCGCAUGGAGACCACUGUGUCUACCGUUGUCCAGGUUGUAGAUGACAUGGAGCAGGCCAAGGUCAAGGCAACAGCAGCACUAGGGCCUGCAGUGGCUGAAGUUGGCGCCAAGGCACAUACCUCCUUCCAGGACCUGACAUCGAAUGGGUCAUCAACAAGAAGUGUCUCCAAAACUGUAUCGGAAACGUCCAGUUUUUAUUCAAGUAACAAUCUGCAGGAAUAAAUCUCCCAGCGCAGGCAGGUGGCAUUUCCUGAAAAGCAGGGAGAGAGUGAGUUCACUGUUCACAUUGCUGCUUUUGUCUAGAAGGUGAAUUUGUGAAUUUGUCUGCCAGUGACUGUGGCUUAGUUCUGAUGAAUACAUUUCCAUUGAGUUCACUGCAACAUUAUUUUAGGAUAUUGGCAAGUCAGACGUCAAGCGCUAGUUCACUUCACCCUCGCUCUCUGCAGUAUACGACCAGCUCUCAUUUGGAAGGUUUGUUCAGUGACAAAAAUAAUGAUGAGUAAGAAAUGAGCACAUUGAAGUUCAAAAGCUCAGCUCAAACAGAUGCUAACAGCUCCAUUUUCCCAUCUUAGUGCAGAGUGAAGUUUCACACAUCCUCAAUCACUCAAGCUAUGUGUCUUAUCACAGUCUAUUUUGGAGUGCAGCUUUAACAUGACAUAACAUGAUGAUAUUGUGAACACAGCAGCUCCUUGUUUUACAGGGGUGUUCUCCUUAAAGCUUGGGGUUUUACACACCUCUAGUUGUGAAAACCUGGUUUUCACACAAACUGUCUCAAAAAGACCGUAAGUGUUAAUAAUGUGGCAGAGGCGUGGUUUCAGUGGAAAGGUUUUCCCAAAAGAUGUGAGUGAGAUAGGAUGAAAAACAAGAAGGCACAAAUCCUAUAUAUUACAUACUGUAUAUAUAUAUUACUACAGUAUGUGUCUGACCAGACCACAAUGCCAGCACAGUCUUCCCGAGCAGGACUUCCUCAGAAAUUUAAUGUGCAAAAUGAGUGUCUUUCUGGCCAACAGAGAGGCCAGACAGACACAUUCCAAUUUACAACAGGAUCAAUAGUAGUACCUGUGCCAUGAGCUUCCUCCGUGUUCAGCCCAACUCACUUUUUUAGACACAUAUGAUUAGAGUUAUAUAUUUAUAUGCAGUAUAACUCUCUGUAGUGUAGCUGCUCUACCUUUCCACUUGUUAACAUGCUCCCUUUGUGUUAAUAUGAUCUGCCUGGAUUACACUGUAAUCUAUGUUUUUGUCUGUAUAAGGCAGGGGAGGAUCCAGAGGGACUGCAAGGAGGGCCUCACCUGGUGCCAACCAUUCAAGAGUCAUUAGCGUCUGUGUCCUUGUAAAAUUAUUAAUUAUUUAUUUUUAUUUUUUUAUUGUUUAUUCUGUCUUAUAAUUAUUCUAUUAUAUUUGAUUUAUGAUUUAUGCUUAAUAUUUCCUUCAAUGAAAACCUGAUAAUGCGAUAAAUGCGAGUUCAACUUUCACUCAUGCUGCACUUACUUUUGAAAUGUAUUAGGAUUUUCUAAAAAAUACAUACACAAAAAAUGUGCUGCUCUGCCUUGUCUGAUCUUUACAUUUUGUGCGCUGUCACUCCAUUGCAGCAGUGUGCAAGUUGUGGGUUAUUGUCAGGUUCCACACACUUUGUGGAUGUUUUCGCCUCUAAUGCACAGGCAGGCUGUUAGCUGUAGCUUUUUAAUGUGCAGUGAUGUGCCUUGCUGCUUAGUGUAACGUCUGUAAAUAGGCAUAUAGAAUGAACUUUUUCUAUUGUGGUGAAUGGUUAGGCAUAUGGAAGCGCCACUGGAAAAAACUCUCUCUAUCUCCUAUAAUGGUGAUCUCCACAGGAGGUAAACCUUCAAUGUAUUUACUGUGUAUCUAUAAAGGCUUCACAUUGGAGGCCUGCUUACACCAAACUGUGACUGUGACCUAACCAGCACGGCUGUGAAAAUAUGUUCAUCACUGCCGUUUCCUACUUUGAGCGCUUAUUUGCGUUUACUUUUUUGUAUUGUAACCAAAAACUUUUUAUUGCAACUUGAUAAUGAGUGCUCUCUUAGGUCUCAAAUAGGUCUACAGUAAAUUAAGAUACAUAUAGUUUACAUGCAUACAGGCCCCCUGUAAUAGCAAGUGUGCACUGAUCAAGAUGAAACCCUUUCACAGCUGUUAGUGAUGGUCUUGCAACUGCAUCAAGGUACGGUACAAGUCUGGCUGCGUGAGACAAUUGGUGCAGACUUAUGUUAUUGAGAAGUACAAUUAUGAUUAGUACAGUAAAAGCAUUUUUUUUAAAACCAUUGUAACUUGAGCAACCUGUACAAGACUUUACUGUACAUGUAUUUGCAAGUUUAGGCAUGCAGGCUAAGAGUACAUCAUCCCUUUCACAGCCCAUGUUACAGUAUCUCUCAUGUGGCAUAUGGCAAACUGCUAUGAUGGCCAAUAGUCACAUUCACUUUCAUAAUGUAUAUUUUUACUGUCAGAUUGCCAGAAUUACCUAAACUGCACAUGUAGUAAAGUCCAGUGUCCAUAAAGUCUUAAACUGGUUGCUUGCUAGGCUGCAGUAGAGUCUCGAAGUGCCUCUACUUAUUGUAAUAUUAGGAUAGUCAAUUGGAAUUUGGUCGUUAUGUUUUGGUGGUCCAAGCAGAGAGAAUCUGCAACUUGGGCGACUGUCCGUAUAGGUCAAAUUCAAAUUUUUAUUUGUCACUGUCCAACUAUAAAGAGGAAGAUAAAAUAAGACAACAGUGGAGUAGCAAACAAUAAUAACUCUUAAAAAUAAAUUAAGCAUAAAGUAUGAAAAAUAAUGUAAUAUAACUUCAUGUAAUGUGUAUGAUGUACAUGUCAUAGGUAAUUUAAAUUUAUUAAAAUGUAUUUAAUACCAAAUGCCAGAAUAGUGCAGUGAGUACAGUAUGUGGGAUAAACAUUAUUUGAUUUGAGCAAACUUAAAGGCUUAUCUUACCAGUAAUACAGCAGUAGAACUAUGUACGGAGUACAAAGCCUAAAAUCAUUUAUAUACACAAUAUGUGUGUUCUGUCUACAUACAUUUUCAUUAUCAGGUACAUUCUGUUACGCACUGAAACCCUUUGAAGUGUUAAGAUCAAAUAUAGAGAAUGAAUGAAAUCCUUCUGCUGACUUUCUUAGAAACGUGCAUGCACGCACACACACCACUCCUUCAUGACACCUGGUCUAGUCUCAGUACACAGAGCCUUUUGCUGUCCAUUCCUAUAACAGUUAACUUGAAACUGAGAUGCAGAUGUGAUGCAACAGAACUCUGUUUGAAUUUAUGGUAAACAAGGCUACCACAGCAUUAUUUACAGGGUGGCAGGAGGUUAAAUGCGCUGCAACCUUUCACUGUAAUUGAUAUUUUGAUUGCAGUAUAUUUCAUUUUUCUGUCAUUUUUCCAGAUUUCAGCCAUAUAAACUAUCGAUAUGCAUGCACAUUUCUGAACACACCAACAUCCCUCUCCAGCUGAACCUCUUUGCGUCUUGCUUACGUGGAUGAUUACAAAGUCACUUUCCCUUUAGAAAUGAUAUUAUCUGAUAUUCAAGUUUAAUGAUCACCUUGAGAAAAUCCUUGUGUACAGCCAUUAAAGGAACACAAGGAACUCAGGGUUCAGUCAGUUGUGCAGAUAAAUGCCCAACCACCUAAACAACAAAUAAAAACUCUUUGGUUAUGCUCUUUCCAAUGCAAAUUGAGUCCUAAUGGUAUUAGAGUUGAAAAAUUAUUUUCAAUUUGAAUCUUAAGCUUGUCCAGAAGAUGUAAUUGCACUAGAGGCUGGGAUCUAAUGACUAUUUAAUCAGUUUUGUUCAGCAUGUGUUUCUUAAAUGAGCAUAUGGCAGGCUCUUGCUCUGCCUUUUUAAUACACACACGCAGACGGGAGCUGUAGUGAUAGAAACAAAGGAUGCCAGCUUGCUGCUGAGGAGAGCGCCAGCCAGGCUACAUGGCAGGGUGAAUAGUCUCAUCAGCACCAUCUCUUCCUGUGUUUCUAUCCAUCCCCUGCUCUCCAAUCAUCCUAAUUACAGCAGAGAGUGGAGAGGACAACCAGUGGAACAUGUAGAAGUGCAUCACACACACACACACACACACACACACACACACACACACACACACACACACACACACACACACACACACACACACAGGAGGAUACAGCACAUACACACAAUCAAUGAACAGGGGGAAAAUACAAAGAUGCCACGAUGGGGGCAUGGGUGAAUGCUCAAGUGUGAGUAUAUGUUUGAAGGUGAGAAUAUAUUGGUAUGUUUCAUGUUACAAUGACACACCAUUGUCAUUCGUUGGGCUUGCAUUCACUGAUGCACCACCAGGCUUAUAUACGUGGUUGUCAAAGCUAUUUGCAAAUUGCUCACUCAUAAAAAGACCACAAUAAGUAGAAACAGCUUCUGCAAUAUGUAAUUGAUGUAAUGAGGUGUGUUGCUGCAAUCUGAAUAAGUGUUACUGUAAAAAUAUACUUAACUACAGUAUCUUCAGUUCUGUGUGGUAUUAAGCAUUAUAUAAAUAUAGAAUUUUCCAGUCCUUUGUUGUGUGAACCUACUUCUGAAUGUCAAGUUUUGAUUAUGCUCUGAACAAAGAACUAAACUUGAUAUAAAAUUAUCGGUAUCUGUCUUGCGUUGUCACAUGCGUAAUACCAUGGAAAGACACACGGUGAGGUUCUACAGUAUGUUAACUGGGGACUGAGUUUGUCCUACAGUAGGUGAAGUAUGAGUGCCUGUUACUAUAUUACCAUGAGCCUCACCCUGGAUGUUAUGGGCUGUGUCUGAACACAAGGGUAUGUGAGUUUCCUCACAUACACAUACAUUAACCUCACUUUAACUUUGCAGUUCUUUUUAACAGCCAAACCAGCACUAUUGACUAUAUGCUCAAGGUUUAGUUAUAUUUAAAUAGUAGCUGUCGUCUUGCCUUCUUGAAGGACCUGCCCCUGUAUUUGUAAGUAUACACAGAGGCUGUGCACAGUGUUACAUUGUUUAGAUAACUGAUAACAUUAUUGAUCUACUGUAAAUGCAUUGUCUGUGUAGCCAAAACAUAAUAUCUGUCACUAUUUUUCAUAAAGACUCUAAAUUAACCCACAAGCUGUGAUGUAUUUCAAGUCAAUCAAAACCUUAAAUAGGUCUGUGGCUGGUUUGUCUCCCUACACAGAUGAGCAUGGCACUGUACAAAAGGCUUUUUAAUACAAAUAAAAGAAGACUGAUCCUGUAAAGUGCUCACUCUGCAAAAAAUUGAGGCUGAUUACUAUACAUUCAUUGCCAAGUUGUAGCCCUUUCAAAGCAGAUUUUCCAAGUACCUUCUGUAUAAUAUUGUAUAGUGCACCUACAGUACAGUUCUUCUUCUUAAAGAUAAAACAGUGUUUUAUUUAAAGUCCUGUGUACUGUACAGCUGAUACUGCCCAGUGUGUGAAAAAAAAACUCACGUCUGCUUGUACUCUAUAUAUGAACUGUAUGAAUGGAUACAUAUUUCAGAUACAGUCCAGUAGAGUUGCCAGUCUGAAUUCUAUACUGUGUUAUUGUUAUAUCUAUUAUUCCUGAAGGAGAUAAGGGUUAAAUUACAUUCUACAUGUCUCUUUUUCACCAACACUACAGUCAUGCUUGUAUUUUCUUAAUGGAAGUGCUCAGUUAGGAACUAUGUAUCUGUUUCUAGUUCCUUUGUUGCCUGCCGUUUGUGGCAAUUUUCUGUACAAUCUGUAUUUAUUUGUGCUCUUGGUUCUUUCUACUGUAUCUGUCUUCUAAUAAAAAUGUGUUAUCAGAA